AUGCAGAAGAUCGAGCAACAACUCCUACGUAUGGCAUUGAAGGCAAAACAGGAUCACAUGUUCUCUUUGCUUAAGAAGUGUGUGUAUAAAGAACAUUGUUGUGAACGUUUUGUGCCGGAACGCAUUUGGAGGAGAAUAGUGGGAAAAGUUCAGACGAUUAGUAGACCAUCAGCAACAUCAGAUGCUGGCGCGCUUUCCGUUUUGGAUCUCGGCCCUAGUUUCGCGCCUGUGCAAUCAAUAAGUCCGGAGGUAUCACGCAAGGUUGUGGGCGGCCUCCAAUUGGUUCAUGAUAGGUUGCGACUGAGAGCAAAAGAAGAAGAGCGAAGGCAAGAGAACAGAAUAGCUGAGCGAGUAUCCUUACCCGCCAUACCUUUCCCGCGUAUGAUGUAUAAACCACCUGAACCCAACCCCACGGUAGACAACAAGUUUCGAGUGUUCGCAACAUCAGUGUACUCCGUUUUGGAGCGUUUCUCGAUAAAACACGUAAAUUUCAAUCUCUCUGCCGCGCAACGCCGAGGCCUACGUGAGAUUCGCAGUCUUAUUACAGCUGGAGAGAUCAAGGUCUCCGUUAGUGAGAAUGGAGGCGAAUUUGUUGUUCUAUCACGUGAACUAGACAAGGCGAUAACGAGACAACAUCUUGAGGAUGACAGUCUAUAUGUCCCAUCCUCCGCCAAUGAGUUCAGAAAGCAAUGUCGCCGCCUAAACAGGGUUUGGGUAGAAACAGCUGGAACAGCAGGGCUCCCAAAAAACUUUAUUACGCGUCUCAAGAACGACUUACCUGCAUGUUCAGUCCUAUACACGCUAAUCAAAACUCGCAAGCUCUCUGAAAAUGGCCUCACUUCGAACGAUCCACGUGACUUUAAAGUGAGACCUAUCAUUAGUGGUAUCGGAGGCCCCACGGAUAGGAUUUCCUGGCUGCUCAACAUAAUCCUAAAUCAGCUGCUCAAAUAUGUCCCUGCCCACCUCAGCAGUUCUAGCAACUUCCUAAAACAUCUCCGCAGUACCUCGUUUGAGAGUGAAUGUGUAGUAGAGACCUUUGACGUUACGUCACUCUAUACGAACGUUUCAAACGAUGUAGCGAUGCAGGCUGUUAACGAACUGCUCACACAGCGCCAGGCUUUAUUGAACAUGUAUGGAUAA